AAUGUAACACAAUGAGUGUUCUGUUAUAGUAAUUAAUUAUCUGCCACCGUUACUCAUACCUGUUAGCUUUCUGUUAUAUCAAUUAAUCUCUGUUUUGAUGAUUUGUUUAUGUAUAACUGGCUGACCAGUUAUUUAUGAAACUAACUUGUUUUGUUUUUCGUAAGAAAAUGCCACACAUUUCUACUAAUGCUAAUUAUUUUGUUUACAGUUACAACCACCUAUUUUUAGUUUUGUCUCAUGCCAGUGAGUAAUAUCAUGACCUUAAUUAUUUUGUUUAUUUGUAUUUAUCCGCUCAAGAUUUCGAAAUCAACUCUUCAUUAUGUAAUAUUCUAAAGGUUAAUUAUAUUGUUUACUUUGUUUGUGGUAAAUACGUCUGGAAAAUGAUUCACCUAUCUACAUAUUUUGCAAUAAGCAUCUGUUUCAGUAAUUAACUUUGUUUAUGUUUACGUGUAUAAUAUGAAUCAUGUGAUUAUUUCACAACAAUUUCAUCAUCUUGUUAUUGCGACGUAGUUCUGGGAUAAGGUAUAAAUACUCAGCGGAAUGGGCUUGGAGAGCAGUUCGGAUCGGUUCAGAUCAGCUCGGUUAAGUUCGAUUUUUGGGCUCGGGUUUAAGAGCGGGUUAAAAAUAACUGUGGAAGUUUUAGAACUGACUAUUAUGUUAUAGAACUUUUGGACUUAAGAAUAAAAAUUAAUUAAAAGUUUGACGCGGGAAAAUACUAUUUAAAAAGCUGAUGUAUUUAUACCUUAAUUGACUGUUAGUAUAGCUGACGUCUGUAUAACCUUGUAAAUAAAACCGAGUGUGAAAAAAACUGCUGACUUUCUCAAUCUAUGCAACCAGUGGUGGUGUUACAUGGAUCGUUUCUGGUGCACAUGUGACCAGGAUUUCAACAGAACAUUUUGAACGAACAAAAAAUUUGUCGCGGAUAUCACAACCGAAGUACUGAAAGGGAAAACAAGACAGGAAGACCGAGGACUGAAGACUGGCAGUUGGCAAUCGAGACUUCGCUACAGAGAAAGACGUAAUAUUGGAAUCAUCAUGAUUGGCUUCCUACUGCUUAACCUUGCUGGCUUAACUAGCGCCAUAAUAACUCAAGACAAUGUUAUUUUUAAUAAAGUUAAUGAUGUGACCACCACACGAUCUCACUGGCUAGUAACGUUUGUGAUGAAUUUCAAUGAGUAUGAAAUAUAUUUAAGAAAAUUAAGUUACAACAUAGAAAUGGCCAACUGUGUAGCAGAUGAAGUUGUAAAGAAAUAUAAUGCUUCUAGGGCAGAAUACUUCCUCGGGACUUUUUUAAAUAUGAAGAAUGAGAUUAGACAUCUAAAUGAGACACAUCGUAAAGUACUCAGUAGCUAUACUGACUUAAAACGUGUAACUACACGUAAUAAAAGGGCAAUCCUUCCCAUUUCAAAUGUAUUUAAAUUCCUUUUCGGAGUACCAUCAGAUGACGAUCUGAAAUCCAUCCGUAAACACAUGGGAAAGCUGGCAAGAAACCAAAAAGAUAUAAUUCAUGUGUUAGAGGAAAAUAUAUCCAUCCUCAACAUCUCACGUCGUGAAAUUUCUGAAAACAGACAGACACUUAAUGAACUGAUUUCUGUUUUAGGAACCAUGGAUCUCAAAAUAAAUAAAUUGGCUAAACAACUCAACACAAGAAUAAAUGAUAUUCAAGAUUUCACUACAGUGUACUUUAAACUAGACAUCUAUAUUGAAGAAGUAAAGAUGAUGCUUACUCAAGCUCAUAUAUAUCUUGAAAAUUUUAAGCUUCAGCUAAAUAUGCUUAGUUUAGGUCAUCUAUCCCCCAGUCUAAUUACUCCUAGUAAUUUAAAGGAACUUUUACUUGACAUCAAGUCACGGCUCCCUAAAACUCUCAUUCUCUCUGAUGAUCCAGUGUCAAAAUUAUGGCAUUUUUAUCAGUACUUGACUUGCACCACAGUCAUGCAUCAAUCUAACAUUCUUGUACUUGUCUCCAUACCUCUCUUGGAUUUAAAUGAAAAUUAUGAAGUAUAUGAGCUACACAGUAUGCCAUUUCCUUAUUUUGUUGGCGAAAAUAUGACCAAAGGCUCAAAAGAAAGCAAAAAUGGCCUGAAAGAAAUGACAGCUACAUAUGAAUUAGAGGCUUCAGCAAUGCUUAUUAAUCAAGGGCGCACUAAAUAUGCAUUAAUAGAACAGAAUGAAAUUUCAAAAUGUAAAAACCAAGUUUUGCAUUUCUGCAACAUCAAGAGCCCAAUCUUUCAAGUAAAUUUGUCUAAAAUGUGCGUUAUUUCAUUGUUCAUUAAGGACGAAACAAAAAUUAACACUUAUUGUCAAGUUAUGGUAAGACCAAGCUCCCGCCUACCAUCAGCAAGAUAUAUUGACUCAAAUAUAUGGGGUAUCGCACUUUCGAGUUCAUUAAGAUUAACGGUGGUUUGCUAUGAAACCCAAAUGCGAAAGGCAAUUGUAACAAUAAAGCCUCCAGUUGCAUUAUUUCGGUUAGAUAUGAAUUGUUUCGCUUACAGUGACUUCAUGACAUUAUCACCCUCUUAUCAUGACAAAAGCAAAUACAUAAAACAAAUGUCCAUUGGACAGUUUUGGGACAUACAACAAUUAAGAAACAGUUCUAUCUGGAAUAAAUUACAUUUUGCUGUCCCAAAUAUAUCAAAACUGAUAUUACCUAAAGAACUACUACCUGUUAAACAAAUUUCAAUGGAUCACCUUAUUUAUUCGCUAAAGAGGAUUAACAAAAAUCGAAAAGACAGUUAUGAAAUUAACUGGAUUGCUAUACUAUUACCAACUGCACUGAUGACAACUGUUUUGAUAAUAAUAUGUUACUGUUGUAAAAACAAAGAAAAAUUAGGAAAAUUAAGCCCAGCAUGGUUAGCUAGGAAGGCCAGAGGUGUGGACAAAAACAGUUCUCACCAAGAAAGAAUGGUGGCGACAGACAGAUCUGUGAAUGUGAUUACCGUUUCCGAUGCGGAGAGUGCACCGGAGCCACCGAAAGAAGAACAGGAAAUGCAGACUGCCAACAGGAACUCCAGUAUUAUACAGAAACUAUAUCCAAGUGUUGAUAUCAUAUCAAGCAACAACGACGGAAAAAGAUAUGAUACACACCCAAAAGUAUAAACAAUAUGG